GAGGAGGUGCGGAGAGCCGAAUACCAAACCUCCCGUAAGAAGCUUGUCGGCGAUGCUAACCUCCGGUACGGCUAAAUGAGCGAACCUCGCGGUCGGGUCAAGCCUCCGGUCUCCCAGGCUUCAACAAUGGAGAGGGGAAAUGGUAGUAUGUGAUCGGUCACCAACGCUUGAUGAGAUUUUAUUAAGGUACGAGCGGGUAAAUAAUAUGGCAAGAUCUCCAUGACAUGGUUCCGUUCCCACGGUACCGGUCAACCUCAGAAGACAUAAGAAGCCGUGAUGUGUCUUGCCCACGCAUCCAGUCUACACACUUGACAGAAGGCGACUGAACCCGUUCACUUCUGAUUCGGGUGGUUGUUCGUUCUCCUUUCCUUUCUUCCGCCCUCCCCAACAUCACGACAACCAUCAAACUCGCAGACAUUCGCGAUGCGGCUCCCUUUCCCAACGCUUGCAGCUCUUCUUCCCAUCCUUACCCCUCUCGCCACCGCCCAACUUCACCACUAUGCCACCCUAGCCGGACUCAAGUACUUUGGUGCAGCAACCGACACCCCCGGCCAGCGCGAGCGCGCCGGCUACGAGGCCUCGUACGCUCAAUACGACGCCAUCUUCUCUGACCCUUCCGAGUUCGGGCAAACAACGCUCACCAACGGGCAGAAAUGGCUCUUCACCGAGCCCUCCCCAGGCGUCUUCAACUUGACCGAGGGCGACAUCGUCACGUCUCUGGCCGCCAAAACCGGCAAGCUCCUGCGCUGCCACGCGCUCGUCUGGCACAGCCAGCUUGCGCCCUGGGUGGAAGCCAAGAACGAGACCGAGUGGACCAAAGAAGAGCUGAGCGCGGUCAUCGUCCGGCACAUCAGGGGAGUCAUGGGCCAUUACAAGGGCAAGUGCUACGCUUGGGAUGUGGUCAACGAGGCCCUGAAUGACGAGGACGGCGGCUAUAGGCAGAGCAUCUUCUACAAGGUUUUGGGCGAGGAGUACCUCCGUCUUGCGUUCGCGACGGCCGCUGAAGUUGAUCCGGCCGCGAAGCUUUACUACAACGAUUACGGAAUCGAGAGGCUCGCGUCUGUCAAGACGGAGGACGCGAGAAGGCUGGUGAAAAUGCUCCGCGAUGCCGGUCUGCGCGUUGAUGGCGUGGGGAUGCAGGCGCACAUGCACGCGGAUAAUCACCCGACGGCGGAGGACCUGGAGGAGACGAUGAGGGGGUAUGUGAAAGCCGGAGUGCAGGAGGUGGCGUUCACGGAGCUGGAUGUGAGGAUCACGAUUCCGGUGAAUGAGACUAGUCUGGAGUGGCAGAAGGAUGGAUAUCAAAAGGUGGCGAGGGCGUGUGUGAAGGUUAAGGAGUGCGUGGGGAUCACGCUUUGGGACUUUUAUGACCCGUUUAGCUGGAUUCCGUAUACGUUUCCGGGAAAGGGAGCGGGGCUGUUAUGGUUUGAGGACUUUGGUAGGCAUCCGGCGUAUCAGGGGAUCAUUGAUACGUUUAAGGAGCUGAUUAAGGAUAAGACGGGCAAGUGUGGGAGGAGGUUGUCGAGGGUAAGGAGGGCUACGCUGCCUCGGGGGCGUGCCUGAAGGCAGGGUCUAGUCGCUUUGUGGCAGACGUUGCGGAAAUAUGUCUACACAUGUAUCGGAGUAUAUAAGGAACAUCUCCUGCCCCAAGCAGAUGUCCGGUCUGUUGCUGGUUUCCUGCCCCUGGGAAUAUUUGGCCGGUAUCGAGCCACGAACCUUCAACAAAGCCCGAUUAGCUCAGCUGGUUAGAGC